AAACCCUCCCAGAGCCCACCCUCUCCUUGUACAGUAAUGAGGUCACCUGGGGUCAGGACGUCAGAAUCAAUUGCUCAGUCUCAGAUAAGCUCUCAGGUGGAACUUUUAUCCUCCAGAAGACUUCAGGCUCAUUCAGUCAGACUAAACCAUCCUCUAUGAGCUCUGUUACAUUCAAUCUUCACAAUGUGAACUUUGAUCAUGAUGGACUGUACGAGUGUCAGUACAUGAAAAUAAGUCGAAGGUUCAGCUCUUCUCCUGUCGGACUCACUGUGAGACUGCAGACACCCAGCAUCUCCCUGACCUCUCCUGGUGCAGGUCUGGUCUGGGGUCCUGAAGGUGCAGAGAUCACCAGGGGUUACAGUUUUGUCCUCACCUGCUCCAUUAACUCCAGUUUUUCCAGUGGACGUUUCAUCCUCAUCUUCUCUGACUCCAACAUCCUAGACAGCAAGCCAGCAGUCAACAACGCAGCCUCCUUUAGUUUCCCUGUAGCUGAGUAUGAACACCAAGGCAACUACAGCUGUGUGUAUGUCACAGUGUCCACACGGACAUUGAGUUCUACUGCAACAGCACCCAUUACUGUCAUCAUUAAAUUUCCUUGGAUGCGGCUGGUCUUGUCUGCAGUUACUGUGGUCCUGUUGCUCCUGCUGGUCUUGUUGGUGGUCUUCCUGCUGCUCAGGAGAAGGAGGCAAACACAGCUGGGCUACAUCCACAACAGAAUGACUCUAACAAUCUGUGAUGAAGAUGAUGACGUCAGUGACAAAAGAUAUGGAUUCUGAGAGACUGAACACCAAAGAAAUCACACUGAACAAACAGGAGGAGCAGAGAAAGAGAGAAGAAAAGCAGAUGGAGAUCAAAGCAGUAGUGAUGAAAAUGAUCAUGUAUUUGUAACUCGAUCAUUUGAUGAACAAACUGUGGACCUUUGUAGAGAACAAGAUAUUUAUCAAAAUUAUUCUGCUUGCAGCCCUUUUGAGCAAGUAACAAGUGACAACAACAUUCUUCAAAUCUCCUAAUAAAGAUUGCUCUCCCAAACUGAGUGAUGGCACACCCCUUUUUUUCAGGCCAAGUCAUCCUGAGUUAGAAAGACUUCAGUUUGGCAACUAGAAAAACAAACAAACAAUUAUUUUUCAUUUGUUCCUGAAUUUCCUUGGAUCAUGGAAUGAUGUCUGCUCCGCUUUGUCAGGCAGGUCCUAUUUAAGUGAUUUCUUGAUUGAGAGCAGAUGUGGCAGUAAUCAGUCCUGGGUGUGGCUAAAGAAACUGAACCCUGCUAGUGAUAAAUACAUUAAGUGUCAUCUAACAAUGCUCCAAAGUCACAUGUCAGGAGUGUUUCACGUGUUCCCUCUUCAAGCGCUCCAGAGAGGUCACAAGCAUUCUCGCUUUUUAGAUUACAUAACUGAGUGGGUUUGUAAUUGUAACACAAAAAGUCAAUAUGAACAAAAGGACGAGCCAUCCAUCCAAUCACGGGCAACUCUGCUGAGAAGAUGAUGUCUAACGAUAUUAUAUAUGUAUUAUUCUUAGAUUGAUUUAAUAAGUAUUUUUUUUAACUAUUUUCCUACCUGACAAAUUUCUAAUAUUUCCAAACUAAUUUUGAAAAAGUGUUUUGUGAAAUGUGAUGAAAAUUGAUAGACUGUCCCAGUAAUAGUGAGUUAAUAAAAAAAAGAGUUUGUUCUGUUUACAGUGUUAACAAAACCUAUUUAAAAUUUUGCAUUCCUAAACAAUGAAAGUUAAUGUGCAAUGACAGCUGUCUAACGAGAGCAGGG